AUGGCACGGCGACAGAUAUUCGAUAUUGAAGGUGAAAAAAAAGGCAUCAAAAAAAAAAAAUCAAAAAAAAGAAUGAGACUCUGGAACAUUUUAUUCAUUGCUUUGUUAAUUUUAUGCAUUCAUUGCCAUAGAAUAAUUCCUGCUUCAAAUCCCAGUGUCGUUGAACCCGCAGCUCCAAUUAACUAUGGGGAUAUAUCAUUACUAAUGAUAAAUGAUUUUGUGCUGAUUAUUCAAGUAUUUAUGACAUGCAUUCCAUCAGGUGUUCUUGCACCUAUGCUCGUUGACUUUGUUAGAAUCUCAUGCCUUUUCAAUAUGCUAAGUACGUUUUCAUUACUCUCGUUGAGUCUUUUAAACGGUUGGGAUCGAUUAGAUGAAAGUAGGACUUUUAAAAUGGAAAUGCGAAAAACAUUUAACAGUUGGGCGGAAAAUAAUGAAAAGAGAAAUUGGUUGAAUGAGAGUGUUAAUUGGCGAGAACUUAAAAAUUGGGUGAACGUUUUUGAUAUUCAUUUUGACAUGUAUGUCUCGAAUUAUACCGAUGUUGAAAGAAAUGGCAAAAUAAAUAGAGUAAUAUGUGCAUCAUUUAACAUGGGCCAAAAAAGUUUAUUUGAUAUGCCAUUUGAGCAGGAAAUUUGUGUUACCAAGGAAGGUAUUAAGAAAUUGGGAAAAAAUAGAUUUUCUUCAUUAUCGGUGGAUACAACAAAAAAUCUAGUUAAAUUUUUAGCAAAAGGUGGUUAUGUCAAAGCUGCCAGCAAUCCUCCAUUUUACUUGUUCAAGCUUAUGGAAACCUAUGGCGAUAUGACAAUUGAUUUUUUGGAAACUUUACAAGAAAUGACAAGUUCGUUACAAGUAGAAACAAAAAGUUCGUUGGAGAAAGCUUGCAGUUUCCACGAAGGUGAAAAAUUGCUAAUGUUGAUGAGACUCAAGAGGCCGCAGGCGGUUGCAAGUCUAAUGUAG